CUCCCGGAAGGCGCUCCGCCACGUUCACGCGCGAGCUUGCCGGGCGCGCGCCUCGCGGUCCGGCGGAGCGGAAGACGCGUGGAUCUGAUUGAGGACCCGCGGGCUGUGCAGGAGAGCACAGAAAGUUUCCUGUUGCCCUCAGUGUUUCUCCCGUCAGCUUUGUACCCCAGGUGCCUGGAGCCUCGGAGUUAAACACCGCCUCCCAUAAGGCUUUGUGUGUCCCUCUGAUAAUGUGUUUUAGAAAUAGUUGUUAAACUUUAGUUUGAAUGAAAAUGUCUCUCAAUCAACCUAUGUUUCUGAAAGAAAAGGAAGAAAAUAAUUCAAAAUUUAUGGAAAUAGAACAAUCACAAACUACUUCCAUAGCUGCAGAAGAUCCUCUUCAAAACUUAUGCUUAGCAUCUCAGGAAGUUCUUCAGAAAGCUCAACAGAGUGGAAGGUCAAGGUGUCUUAAAUGUGGUGGUUCAAGAAUGUUCUACUGCUAUACAUGUUAUGUCCCGGUUGAAAAUGUACCUAUGGAACAGAUGCCACUGGUGAAGCUUCCACUGAAGAUUGACAUCAUUAAACAUCCAAAUGAAACAGAUGGCAAAAGUACUGCUAUACAUGCAAAACUCCUAGCACCUGAAUAUGUAACUAUUUACACGUACCCUUGCAUUCCAGAAUAUGAAGAAAAGGACCAUGAAGUUGCACUUGUUUUUCCUGGACCUAAGUCAGUCUCAGUAAAAGAUAUUUCUUUUCAUUUGCAAAAACGGGUUCAAAAUAAUGUGAGAGGCAAAAAUGAUGACCCUGACAAGCCAUGUGUUAAACGCAAGAAAACUGAAGAACAGGAUCUGAAUGAUGGCGAGUGCAAAGAGACAACACUGAAAAAAAUUAUAUUUAUAGAUAGCACCUGGAACCAAACAAACAAAAUACUCACCGAUGAGAGACUUCAAGGGUUGUUACAAGUUGAGUUGAAAACAAGAAAAACUUGCUUUUGGCGCCAUCAGAAAGGAAAGCCAGAGACCUUCCUUUCCACGAUCGAAGCCAUCUACUACUUUCUGGUAGACUACCAUACUGACAUAUUAAAAGAGAAAUACAAAGGACAAUAUGACAACCUUUUAUUUUUCUACUCUUUCAUGUACCAGUUGAUAAAGAAUGCCAAAUGCUCUGGAGACAAGGAAACGAGAAAAAUUGCUCAUUAGUUUUCAAGAAGCCGGUUGGUUAUGUCAUUUUAUUUUGCUAAAAUCAAUAAACUUAUAAUUGUGCUUGUUUAUUCUUAAA